AUGCCGGGAGAAGAGUCCCCACCGUCAGAGGAACGAAGGAGUCCAACAGCUCUUAAGAGGAAAGGGGAAGAACAACCCACCCCGCGUAUGGGAGCAAAGCCCCCCAGACUUGAGAUACCAAUUGUGGAGGCGGCAUCGCCGCCACCUCCCCCCCCUCUAGACCCUGAUCUCGAUGAGUUUAUUGAGAAGAUGUUGCGUGAAGCUGAAGGAGCCCUUUCCCCAGAUAAUUGGAUUUCUGAAGAAGGCACGAGAGUCACCACGAUGGAUUGGGGCCCUGAUUUCGAGCCCCCGGCACUGGAAGGUGACCCUCAGAUGUCAGGCGCAGCCGCAGCCUCGGGGGGGCCAGCGUAUGAACUGCCCCCGACGACUAGUACGUUGCCAAGCGAAGUUGAAGAGCCCAAAGAAGAGAGUGUCAGUGCAGCACUGUCACCCGCUGGCAGUUCAGGCAGCCAGAUGCAGCAAGGAUCGCCCCACGAAGUUGAAUCCCCGCCCAGUUCAGGCACCCAGAUGCAGCAAGGAUCGCCUCACGAAGUUGAAUCCCCGCCCAGUUCAGGCACCCAGAUGCAGCAAGGAUCGCCUCACGAAGUUGAAUCCCCGCCCAGUGGGCCUUUCCCCGAUGCAGCCGAGUUGGAGCCUGGGGCAGAGGAGCGUUCUGAUGCAGACGUUAUUUCCAGAUUCCCGUGGCUCGGGCACAAGUUUGGGAAGAUUCCUGAAAGCGAGCUGAUGCUGCAUCCGUUCUACCGCCAGCCCGAUCCUCUGCCGGAACUCGGCGACAGAACCGUUAACAUGGCCAAAGUAGAACGGUUAGCCUCACGCAAUGCGUACCCAAGCGUAAUGCUUACUAAGUACAAAGAGAUAUUGAAGAUACCUGAGCUGAUGGAAAGGGACAUCGGCGAAUUUAUACGCCAGGUAGAACGUCUGCUUGGUUAUGCAUUGGGGAGAAUGGCGGUGACGUACAAACGAAGCCAAGCGUCGUGCGCCAUAGACGCUCUGGGAAUGGCAUUUAUUACCCUCGAUGCGCUGUACUGCGCAGCAGAAAUACUGGGUGACCGGUCGAAGAAGGAGCAUUGGCCAGAGGCCCCCACCUAUCCUGACGAUCGGCUUGAAGGAGGCAUUGUUUUGUGA